UUUUUGCUCCUCCGUAGGAUGGCUGGCUGCGGUGAAGUGGAUCAUUCCAUCAACAUGCUUCCCACCAACAGGAAGACGAGCGAGUCCUGCGCUAGCGCCGCUCCUUCGCUGCCAGUGCCCGAGUGCGCUAUCUGUCUGCAGACCUGUGUCCACCCGGUGAGCCUGCCUUGUAAACAUGUCUUUUGCUACCUGUGCGUGAAGGGGGCCUCCUGGCUCGGGAAGCGCUGCGCGCUCUGCCGGCAGGAGAUUCCCGAGGAUUUUCUCGACAAGCCAACCUUGCUGUCACCCGAGGAACUCAAGGCGGCAAGCAGGGGCAAUGGAGAGUACGCUUGGUACUACGAAGGCAGAAAUGGCUGGUGGCAGUAUGAUGAACGUACCAGCAGAGAGCUGGAAGAUGCCUUUUCCAAAGGCAAAAAGAGCACUGAAAUGCUAAUUGCUGGGUUUCUGUAUGUAGCAGAUCUUGAAAAUAUGGUUCAGUAUAGGAGAAACGAGCACGGACGGCGCAGGAAAAUAAAGCGGGACAUAGCAGAUAUACCAAAGAAGGGGGUGGCCGGACUGCGGCUGGACUGCGAGGCCAGCGGCGCCACCGUGGUGCGCGAGAGCUCCGCGGACGGCCUGCACCUGGGCACAGACAGCGCUGCUGAAAGGAGCCACAGGGGAGAAGGGGAGGAGGGCCAUGGGUCGCCGUCGGCCGCCAGAGUGCCCGACGCCCCUGCAGAGGAAACAGAGUCGGAUUCCAGCAGUGACAGCGAGGCCACAUCUUCCCCCGCACAGCCUGGCCCGGCCUCUGCCCUGUGGAGACAGCCGAGCACGACGCAGGCGGCAGUGGAGAGAGCAGCGGCAGCGGCCAACAGCAGCACCAGGUCUAGGAGGCCGGAUGGACAGUGCACAGUUACGGAGGUUUAA